AUGUCUGCAGUACAAACGGAAACUAAGAGUCAGCUGCUGGAACCCUUGGACUUGAUUCGGUUCCAAUUGGAUGAAGUGGUGAUAGUCAAAUUAAGAGGAGGUAGAGAAAUGAAAGGAAGAUUACAAGGGUUUGAUUCCCAUUGUAAUAUAGUGUUGAGCGAAGCAGAAGAAUAUAUCUAUAGUGUUGGAGAUGAGCAGCCUCAAACCAAGAAAACAGAAAUGGUUUUUGUUAGAGGAGAUUCAGUGAUCUUGAUCAGUCCUGAUAGUCAAUAA